AUGCCGUAUACCUCAGAGCAACAUAUUCUAGCAACUAUUUAUAUUCUUACAACAAAUGCAUUUGUCUUACUUGCAAAUGAAAUCGUUGGGGAACCAUUCAUCAGUUGUUCAGCAGAUGCAAUAUAUGUGAAAUGGAGAACAAGCAUGACCUUUGUUGGUCAUAUAAAUGUACGACAUGCGCCGAAUCGUUUCUGCUAUCAGGUACUGGUGACAAAUAAUCAAAUAGAACUUCUCAUCCCACAUCAGGACUGUCAAGUGAGCAGAACAAGGUCAUUAAGGCCAGUAGGUGUAAUAGUGGCAACGUCAGUGCUAAUAUCAUUUCAUCCUCAUUACGUUACCGCCGGUGAUCGAAUCUAUCUUUUGCGAUGCUUGCAUACUCGAUCGUCAGAUAAAUCAUUAUUUCCAGGAUCAGUUGUACCUCUUACCACUUCCACUGAUGUUUUUCAAGGGUCGACGUCAAUACCACAAUGUGAAUAUCAGAUACGAAAUUUGAAAAACAAUGAGAUUGUGAAUGAAGCGAUUAUCGGUGAAAUGGUCCGUCACCGUUGGUCCUGUAGCGUUCGUUCUGAUCAAGAUUUAUGUCUUGUUAUCACUAACUGUUUCUUGAUAGCGAGUGAUUCAAAGCAUCAGCUUAUCGAUAAUAAAGGAUGUUCCACAGAUCGUACUGUACUUCCAGAUCUGAUCUACAUUGACAAUCUGAAUGUUGAACAAAACGUAUCUGUUUUUGGCGUCGCUGAUAAACCUUACGUAUAUUUUCAAUGUCAAGUAAGCUUAUUGUCAUCAAAAGCUCAUCAAUGUCCUAAACCAAAUUGUCCUAGCAAUCAUAGAAAUCAGAGAGAUUUACUUUAUAUGACAGGAAACGAUGAAGCACUAAUAUUAGACAUCGUUUCGCAACAGUUCGAGAUUCGGGACUUCGAUAGUCAAUUUCGAAAGUAA